AUGGCACGGCCCAAGGCGCGUAGUACAAACCUCACGCAUGAGCAAAAGCGCCUCAUCUGUCUACACGCACGACAGUUUCCCAAGACCACCCAAACACAAUUGGGUCAAUGGGCUAAAGAGCAGUUCAAUCUCGACUAUGUGCCAUCACAGGCCGCCAUGAGCUACAUGCUCAAGAAACGCACGCAAUUCGAACUCGUGUCCGGUGAAGGUCGUGACUACAAGAAGCUGCGCACCGUCAAAUGUCCCGAGGUGGACUCGGCGCUGGCCAAUUGGUUCCUCUACUGCCAAGCAAGACGACUCAAAUUACCAGGAGAUCUCGUACGUCACAAAGCGCGCAUAUUCUAUGAGCUCCUAGCCCCGCAGCUACCUGAAAGUGUCACAUGUUCUCCGCCUCAAUUUUCCAAUGGCUGGAUGCAUUCAUUCAUGGGAAGGCAUGGAUUCUCUUUAGGAGGAGGCAAAGGCAGCAAAGGACGAACGCAACAUGAAGAAGCGGACGGUAAACCAAAAUUGACACCGGAAACGUCGGUGAUCUCCACGCCGGACCAUAUCAAGGCGGCAGUGGCGGGUGUGCCGCCGGAAAAUGUCUACUGGCUGCAUGAGACGCGGCUGUUUUACGCGAUGAGUCCGGACAGGCAAGCGUUACCAUCUAAUCAUCAUCCGGAAAAAAAGUUGACAAUGCUAUUGGCACUUAACGCAGACGGCAGUGAUAGGCUUAACCCGUUUUUUGUGGGACCUCACCCGUUGUCGAUGGAUUCGAACCAAAAGGCGGAAGAACGGCCGUAUCAAUUUGCCUGCAAUCAUAAAGCCUGGAUGCCGCCGACGAUGCUACGAGACUGGCUCAUGGCGCUGGAUUGGCGCAUGCGUGUUACUAACCGCAAUAUUGUGCUUAUUGUUGACUCAGUAGCUGCCAUGUGCGUGCAAAAAGCGUCGUUGUCGAAUGUAAAGAUGCAUUUUGUGGAACGCAACCACGCUGGAGAGCUCUGUGUUCGAACUUUAGAAAUGGGCGUUGUGGCUGCUGUCAAGCGCCGUUACCGCUACCAGCUCUUAGACUACGCGCUUGACCGGCGAGAGGAAGGUCAGCUUGAUAUCUACGAUAUUCCAUUGCAAAAGGUUGUAGAGUGGGUGGUACAAGGUUGGCAGCAAAUUCCGCGGUCACGCAUCAUUGCUAGCUUCGCGCACGUGGGCGUGAUGUUUACUACCGAGACAGGAGCUGCAGUUGCCCCGGACGACCGUAUUGAUGAUAAACUUGAUGCGCAGAUUCAAGUGCUGUUGAAGCGUUUAAAGCUAGUCAGUCCCAUGCGGCUGAUUGAGGUCGUGGCACCUAGUUCUGAGAAGGUGUCCGACGAAAACCUGACAGAUGCAGAUUUUGCUGACUCGGCGCUGCAUGCCGCUCAAGGUACGAUUGGUAUACAAUUGAGCUCGGACGACCUGACCCGCCAUACGAUAGUGCAAGAGUCUACAAAUUCAGAUAGCUUGACACCAGUCGACAUGCAGGCAUUCUCAUCCAGUCCAACUGCACCCCGCCGCAACAGCAACAAUGCCAGCAGUGUACUGAGCAAUUACCCUGGUUUUGAUCAGGGGUACCCUGGCUCACUGGAUGAUUCGUGGUUGUCACAUGGUGCUAUGACCGCCCCUGGUCGCCAGCCUGUGAGCGAUUUGGAGGCGGUACAAAAGACAAUUUGUUUGGCGAACGAAAUGAAUUGUGAUCCAGUGGUGAUGUUGGAGCUCAAUCGAAUUAAAACGGAGGUGGCCAAUCGUGAUCCAAGCACGUCAACUUCUACAACGCUGAGUACGCCGACCACUCGCAAUGCUGCCGUCUGUCAAUUUCAUUUCGGAGCUCCAACUCGGCGACUACUAUAA